UCCUCAAUAUUUAUAAUGUCUUCGGAGCCUGAAACGACUCAACCCGCUGCUGAUACAAUCGAAAAUAAUGGAAAAUCUAAUUUGUAUGAUUCAAAAGAAGUAAAUAAACAAAACGAUAGUGAAGUCAACGGCCAAUACAGCGUGGAUCAUGAGAAAGAUGAAUCUACUAAUGAUCCUGUUAAAGUGCAACCUCCACCUCCAGUUUUGCCGACAACAAAUGCUUCUUCAGGAAUGGUUUCUUCUGUUAAUAAGAUUGCUGCAACGACGCUUCCUGAAAGCUCUUCCGCUAAAAAACGUCGCAUUUCAGACGAUGAACUUGAUAAAUCUCUUGGACCUUCAACUUCAAAAAAAGGAGGUGGAUUGUCUUCAUUAGUUGGUUCUUUGGCGAAAAAAGAUAAAAAACAAUCUAUGUUGGCAAAAUCUGCACAGGAUUGGAGGCAAUUUGUACAAGAAGAAAAAUUGGAGGAAGAGUUAGAUACACAUUUGAAGAGUCGAGAUUCUUUUCUUGACAAACAGGAAUUUCUACUUCGUGCUGAUUAUAAACAAUUUGAACAUGAGCGGGAUCUGCGUGCGCAAGAACGGAAAAUUAAACAACCUCAAGGGGAUACCCCGCAUUGA